AUGUUUUAUGCUGGCAUUGACAAAAACAAAAAUGAAUUUUAAAUCAAGAAUGCUCAACAAGAAUAACAAGGAACUCCUGUUUAAUCUAAUAGAAAAGCAUAAGGCUCUGAUUAACCUAAGCCUGUAAGUGCAAAACCACCAAAAGUCUUAAAGGAUGCUGGUUCAAAAGCUAUUAAUUAUCCAUAGAUUACUCAUGACAUCUUAGAUUAAUAAACUGCAAAUUUGAUUUUAAAGGAUCUUCCAAUUGGAUAACCAUCGCAAUAAUUUGAUGCUGUUGAGGCUUUAUUAAAUCAACAUAAAAUACAAAAUUAAAGUCCAAUAAGGAGCAGUUAAAAGGAUAGUGGAAAUUCAAAGGAUUUAAAUAGUGCAAUGGCAAGAAGAUUGGCAGAUGUAGAAAAAUUAGCAUAAAAUCAAAAAUUAGAAUUGAAGGAGAAAUACAACAUCAUUGAGUAAUUGAGAGAGAAAGUGCAGGAAUUAACAGAAAUUAAUAGGAAAUUGGGAAGUGGGGAUAAAUAAGCAUAUAUGAAUGAGAUUAAUAAUUUAAAAGAGGAAAAACAAAAGUAGUAAAAGAAGAUAGAGGAUAUGGAGAAAUUCUUAUAGAAGUAUGGAGUAAAAUGGGUUGGUGAUAAAAUAAGUGAUGAAGAUGAUAAAAAAAUGAAAUAGAUGGCAUCAGACAUGAAACAAAUGAAACCAUUAUUUAAUUACCAUCUACCCAAGGAGAUCUCAAUAGAUGUGAUAAAAAGAAGAAUUGAGGAGUUGAAUUAUAUAAUGGAGAAGGAUGGAGCCAAUUAAAUAGUUAAGAAUGCAAAUGGAAUGCAUCAAUUUUAGAAGAUGGAACCAUUGCCUAUUGGAUUUUAUAGGAAUGGUAUUGCGAUGAAGGGACAUAAGUUUUUCAGUUAUGGUUCAAAUGAUGCUUAUUAAAUAUUGGCAGAUAUUCUAGAGGGUUAUUUUCCAUAUUAAUUGAAAUAAUAAUUUCCUAAUGGGACACCAUUGAAAUUAAUUGACAAAACUGAAGAAGUCUAUGAGGCUAAGGCUGAUGACAAAAAGUAAUGUGGAUAUGAAGAUUUGGCAGAGAAAUAAUUGAAACCAAUGAAGAAAGAGUAGUUUUUAGAAUAAUUGCCUGAGUGUGUAAUUAAGAAUGGAAAGAUAAUACCAAUUAGAUCAGAUAUUGAAAAAAGACUAUCAGGAUAACCAAAUUUAAAUGCUACAUAAUAAUUGAGAUCAGCUGGAUGUAGAUAAGAUCCAAUUGAUGGAAAUUGGAUAGUAGACACUGAAGCUCAAAGAAGAGUUGAUAAUGGAGAAGAUUUGGAGGAUGUUUGUACUUUGAAAUUCAGAACAGAAACAGGAAAAUACAGUUUGAUUGCUUUGAUGUUUGGAAAUCAAAGGAUAUGUGAUAUGUAUUAAUUGGUUUCAGGAUUGAAAGAGUAUUAAGAUAGAAAUAUUCAAAUUAUAUUGAACUUCCCUAGAACAGUAUUUUAGAAAGAUGACUAAACAACUUUAGAAGAGGCAGGAUUGAUGCCCAGUGCAUAAUUAUUUUUUAAUUUAAUAUGA